UAUACACACAUGUGUGUUUUUCUUUUGUUCAUAGUAUUUUGUUUGCUCUGGUGAUGGAGGGAGUAUGAUACCUAUUCAUCUGAUAAGUAUAAAACCCUAAAACCCCAAAACUCAGCACCUCCAUCAAAUCUAAUUCAUAAACAAGUUGCUCGUCGCACUCAACUCAACGCCGCCGGAGUUGCUCGUCGUCUGCCGCAAACACUGAUAAUUUCCUUCAGUGGUAACAAAAAUGGAAGAAGAAGAUGAUUAUGUAGAGUAUGUGCCUGUGGCCAAGCGUCGUGCCAUAGAAGCUCAAAAGAUUCUCCAACGCAAAGGGAAAGCCUCCGCCGUAACGGAUGAUGAGUCCGAAAAACUACCAGUGGUUGAAACUAAACCCAGUCUUCUUGUUAAAGCAUCGCAGUUGAAACGAGAACAACCUGAGAUCAGUGUCACGGAACAGAUUGUUCAACAAGAGAAGGAAAUGAUUGAGAAUUUGUCUGAUAAAAAAACCCUUAUGUCAGUUCGCGAGUUAGCUAAGGGGAUUACUUAUACUGAACCUUUGCCUACUGGGUGGAAACCUCCUUUGCAUAUAAGAAGGAUGUCUAAAAAAGAUUGCGAUUUGAUUCAGAAACAGUGGCAUAUUAUUGUUAAUGGCGAAGAUAUUCCACCCCCGAUUAAGAAUUUUAAGGAUAUGAGGUUUCCAGAACCGAUUUUGAACAUGUUGAAAACCAAGGGGAUUGUGCAGCCAACACCUAUUCAGGUGCAAGGUCUUCCUGUUAUCUUAUCAGGGCGUGAUAUGAUUGGUAUUGCUUUCACAGGAUCUGGAAAAACUUUGGUCUUUGUGCUUCCGAUGAUCAUGAUGGCGUUGCAGGAGGAGAUUAUGAUGCCUAUAGUUCCCGGGGAAGGUCCAUUUGGUUUGAUUAUUUGUCCAUCGAGGGAACUUGCUAGGCAAACUUAUGAAGUCAUUGAACAAUUCUUGUUACCUUUGAAGGAAGCUGGUUAUCCAGAGCUUAGGCCUUUGCUUUGUAUUGGUGGAGUGGAUAUGAGAUCGCAGCUUGACAUUGUGAAAAGGGGGGUUCAUUUAGUUGUUGCGACUCCUGGGAGGUUGAAGGAUAUGUUGGCCAAGAAGAAAAUGAAUCUUGAUAACUGCAGAUAUUUAACAUUAGACGAGGCUGAUCGAUUGGUAGAUUUAGGAUUUGAAGAUGAUAUUAGAGAAGUUUUUGAUCACUUCAAAGCUCAGAGGCAGACUCUGUUAUUUUCUGCUACUAUGCCGACAAAAAUUCAGAACUUUGCUAGAAGUGCUUUGGUGAAACCUAUUAUUGUCAAUGUGGGACGUGCUGGUGCGGCAAAUCUUGACGUUAUUCAGGAGGUAGAGUAUGUCAAGCAAGAAGCGAAAAUAGUUUACCUCCUCGAGUGCCUACAGAAAACUCCACCUCCUGUUCUGAUAUUUUGCGAGAACAAGGCUGAUGUGGAUGACAUUCACGAGUAUCUUCUCUUGAAAGGAGUGGAAGCUGUAGCUAUUCAUGGUGGCAAGGAUCAGGAAGAGAGAGAGUAUGCCAUUUCAUCUUUUAAAGCUGGAAAGAAAGAUGUGUUGGUUGCAACCGACGUUGCAUCCAAAGGUUUGGAUUUUCCCGAUAUUCAGCAUGUCAUCAACUAUGACAUGCCGGCUGAAAUUGAAAAUUAUGUCCAUAGGAUUGGACGGACGGGAAGAUGUGGCAAAACUGGUAUCGCGACAACGUUUAUAAACAAGAACCAAAGUGAGACAACAUUGCUUGAUUUGAAACACCUCUUGCAAGAAGCAAAACAAAGGAUCCCUCCAGUUUUGGCUGAGCUGAAUGAUCCAAUGGAAGAUAAUGAAGAAAUCACAGGCAUUAGUGGUGUCAGGGGAUGUGCGUUUUGUGGCGGGCUUGGUCAUCGUAUCAGUGAUUGUCCCAAAUUAGAACAUCAAAAGAGUGUGACAAUUGCAAACAAUAGAAAGGAUUAUUUUGGUUCUGGAGGAUACAGAGGGGAAAUUUGAAAGGAGUUGAUCUCUUGUGGACUUGUACCUAUAGGCCUUGUUGGAGCUGUGUGUCUUGUUGCUUUUUUCUCAACUGUCAAUAGCUGACUUUUUUUGCAAGCAUCCUUGCUUUUAUCCCUUCCAGACGUCGAAUAUUAUCUUUGGCAAUUACAUGGAAGAGUAUAGUUAGGAUUCUUGGCUUGUGGGAUUUUAUCCGAGUGUGCUAGAGUGUGACCAUGCCUUUUGAAUAUUUUAGAUGUAUACUAUUUUUAGUGUUGACUUGGCUGUAUAUCUAAUGAAGAUGCCUCUUGUAUAUUGAAGAUGCUGUUUUAUUAGGUUUUUGUUGGUUUUGCA